AUAUGAAGCCCUUUUUAAAUUUACUAGUUGUUAUUUUACAGUCCACAUAUUAUUUUAUUAAAUAUAAACCUACCUAUACUUUUUAUGUAUUUAUAUAAUUUUUCUAUGUUAACUUUAUACAAGGGCCCGUCAAGAGUAUUUGCUUCAUUUUGGCCAAGACAUCAUAGAACUACAACACUUGAUCCAAAUACAACUACACUACAAACUGAAUCAACAACAUAUGUUUCAAAUUCAACUAGUGAAAGGUGGAAUACAACUACCACGGCUCCUCAAUCAACAUCAUAUAAUUCAAAUAUAACUAGGGAACAAUGGAAUACAACUACUGCGACGCCUCAAUCAACAUCAUAUCAUUCAAAUUCGACUAGUGAACGGUGGAAUACAACUACUUUGGUUCCUCAAUCAACAUCAUACCAUUCAAAUUCGACUAGUGAACUGUGGAAUACAACUACUUCGGCACCUCAAUCAACAUCAUAUCAUUCAAAUUCGACUAGUGAACAGUGGAAUACAACUACUGUGGCUCCUCAAUCAACAUCAUACCAUUCAAAUUCGACUAGUGAAUGGUGGAAUACAACUACUGUGCCUCCUCAAUCAACAUCAUAUCAUUCAAAUUCGACUAGUGAACGGUGGAAUACAACUACUGUGGCUCCUCAAUCAACAUCAUAUCAUUCAAAUUCGACUAGUGAACGGUGGAAUACAACUACUGUGGCACCUCAAUCAACAUCAUAUCAUUCAAAUUCGACUAGUGAACGGUGGAAUACAACUACUUUGGUUCCUCAAUCAACAUCAUACCAUUCAAAUUCGACUAGUGAACGGUGGAAUACAACUACUGCGGCACCUCAAUCAACAUCAUAUCAUUCAAAUUCGACUAGUGAACGGUGGAAUACAACUACUUCGGCACCUCAAUCAACAUCAUACCAUUCAAAUUCGACUAGUGAACAGUGGAAUACAACUACUUCGGCACCUCAAUCAACAUCAUAUCAUUCAAAUUCGACUAGUGAACAGUGGAAUACAACUACUGUGGCUCCUCAAUCAACAUCAUACCAUUCAAAUUCGACUAGUGAAUGGUGGAAUACAACUACUGCGGCACCUCAAUCAACAUCAUAUCAUUCAAAUUCGACUAGUGAACGGUGGAAUACAACUACUUCGGUUCCUCAAUCAACAACAAAUCAUUCGAACAUGACUAGUGAACAGUGGAAUACAACUACUUCGGCACCUCAAUCAACAUCAUAUCAUUCAAAUUCGACUAGUGAACAGUGGAAUACAACUACUGUGGCUCCUCAAUCAACAUCAUACCAUUCAAAUUCGACUAGUGAAUGGUGGAAUACAACUACUGUGGCUCCUCAAUCAACAUCAUAUCAUUCAAAUUCGACUAGUGAACGGUGGAAUACAACUACUUCGGUUCCUCAAUCAACAACAAAUCAUUCGAACAUGACUAGUGAACGGUGGAAUAAAACUACUGUGGUUCCUCCAUCAACAACAAAUCAUUCAAAUUCGACUAGUGAACAAUGGAAUACAACUACUGUGUCUCCUCAAUCAACAUCAUAUCAUUCAAAUUCGACUAGUGAACGGUGGAAUACAACUACUGUGGCACCUCAAUCAACAUCAUAUCAUUCAAAUUCGACUAGUGAACGGUGGAAUACAACUACUUCGGCACCUCAAUCAACAUCAUACCAUUCAAAUUCGACUAGUGAACAGUGGAAUACAACUACUGUGUCUCCUCAAUCAACAUCAUAUCAUUCAAAUUCGACUAGUGAACAGUGGAAUACAACUACUGUGGCUCCUCAAUCAACAUCAUACCAUUCAAAUUCGACUAGUGAAUGGUGGAAUACAACUACUGCGGCACCUCAAUCAACAUCAUAUCAUUCAAAUUCGACUAGUGAACAGUGGAAUACAACUACUUCGGCACCUCAAUCAACAUCAUAUCAUUCAAAUUCGACUAGUGAACAGUGGAAUACAACUACUGUGGCUCCUCAAUCAACAUCAUACCAUUCAAAUUCGACUAGUGAAUGGUGGAAUACAACUACUGCGGCACCUCAAUCAACAUCAUAUCAUUCAAAUUCGACUAGUGAACGGUGGAAUACAACUACUUCGGUUCCUCAAUCAACAACAAAUCAUUCGAACAUGACUAGUGAACAGUGGAAUACAACUACUUCGGCACCUCAAUCAACAUCAUACCAUUCAAAUUCGACUAGUGAAUGGUGGAAUACAACUACUGCGGCACCUCGAUCAACAUCAUAUCAUUCAAAUUCGACUAGUGAACAGUGGAAUAGAACUUAUUCUGCUCCUCAAUCCACAACAAAUAAAUGGAAUUCGACUAGUCAACAAUGGAAUGCAACCGCUGUUGCUCCACAAUCAACUACUGAGCUAAAUCAUCAUCAACACUUUCGAAGGAGAAUAUAAUUAACACAAUUUGAUUAAGUGAAAUUUCUUAACAAUACCUAUUAUUAUUUCUAAUUACCGAAUUAUUAUUUUUUUUAUUAUGUUAACAGGUUGCAAUACAUAUUAAUAAACCUAUAUAUCAAUGAAUAAAUUGUUAUGUUAAUUGUAUACCAUAAUUUAUAGUAUAUUCUCCAUUGAGGAUAAGAACAGACUACCGCCGUGCAUCGCAACUAUACUCCUGCCAUUGGCGUAGUGUCAUGUAAGCACUGUAACCACUGCCUGCACUUCAUAAAAAUAUUAAAGAAUGUUUUUUUUUUAACAAAAUCAAGCAAAUAUGAAAUAAUUAAUUUAAUAAAAGUUAUUUUAUCAGUUAUUUUAGGAAGCGUAACGUCAUGAUGUUUUCUUACACGGUAGUCCAUACAGGCAACCGCACCACCACUGCUGCCCAUCGUUGAUGGUCACAAUUAAUAUGAGCGGUUUAUCUUUGUAGUACUUUAUUUUUCCAGAGCGCCAAAAUAUAUCAG